CAUUUGUACAAACUCACUGUUUUUAGGAAACUGUCCGUGUACAAAACAAAGAUCACAACAAUCUAGGAUGUGUACAUUAAACAUGGGAGUUCAAGAUAUCAAAUAUUACUUAGUUACGGAACAAUUGAUCUGAAGUGUUUAUAGAAGAGAAAUAUUAUAAAUUUUAAGUCUCGAACCAGGUGUAAUUUUUAUUUUAUAACAUCAAAGGAAUAAAACAAACCGCUUGCGUACUGAAGAAACAAUUGUAAUAUGUUCAUUCAAAUUGAAAUAUUAAAAUUAUUAUUGCCUACUACGAAGCAACUGUAUUUCUGUUUUUAUUUUCAAAAAGGAUAAUAAGACUGCAUAUCUACAAACACUAGUGUUUUGUCCGUAGAAAAAAAAAUUAACAUGCGAAUAACUUUUCAAAUAAAGUUUUUCUGAGUUCAUAAACAGGGAAUUAUAAAAUUUGAAUUCCUAAUAACCAAACAUAUGGACUGAUAUUUAUUUUUAAAUAGAUUAUUAAGUUCGGAUUUCUGCUUAUAAAAACGUUGAACUGAUGUGUUCGUAACAGAAGGAAUAUAAAUAAAUCGAUUGUUUCGCUCACAAGACAAACUACUACCUCGUCGGAGAUGAGAACGGUAUUCAAAUUUUUCGUCGUGGCCGUCGUAUUUAUCUUUUUUGUCGAGAAGAUGAUGAGGUGGGAUGUCGGCUCACAAAAACAGAAACUGGUGCUACAAUCCGCCCACGUAGAGAGGAAAACUUUGGUGAAGUUGGAGGAGGCGAGCAAGAAACCUGCUGGCGACGGGAGGACUGAAGCGAGGGUUGAAACCGGCGGAUCAGUGUCUGAUGAUGAAAACCGUGAUGAUUGGGAGGACAAAGCAAGUAACGAUGAAGAUGAGAAUGGAAACGAUGAAGAUGAGGCAGAAAUGAGACGACUAGAAAAUUCACCUUAUAUAUACAACGAGAAACGGGAGCUGCUUAAAAUGUCGUUGCCGGUGGUAGAGAAUUCUGUCAAGUACGUCGCAUACUUGAUACCGUUAGGAAGGAAACAACACAAUCAUAGUUUCGAAGACUGCAGGUACAGUAAGUGCAGCUACACUGACGACCUGUCAAAAGCUGAUGCCGUCAUGAUCCAAGCCACCUUUGUCAGGAUGCACAAAAUCCCUGCCUUCCACCGUCCAAACGGACAGAGGUGGAUAUUCUUCAACUUUGACCCGGCGAUAAAGAACUAUAACCUGGACAGGGAGGAGGUCAAGUCUGUGUUUAACUGGACCUUGACCUACCAGCUGCACGCAGAUAUCCCGAUGGUCUAUGGGAUCUUGGAGAAAUACCAGCCUCCAUACAAGGACAUAGAUCGAAUCUACGACGGUAAAUCAAAGAACGUCGCCUGGUUUGUCAGCCAUUGUAACAGCUGGGGGCUCAGGGAGGUCUACGUCCGCAGGAUGAGUUCCGUCCUGCCCGUGGACAUCUUCGGCGAUUGCGGGAACUUGACCUGUGGGGCGGGGUACCGGUUCGAUGACUCGGCUCUGUGUCUGCCAAUGUUGUCUAGAGAAUAUAAGUUUUACUUGGCUUUCGAGAACUCUUUCUGCAAGGACUACAUCACUGAGAAGUUUUUCAAACUCUUCAAAGACGUUGACAUCAUACCUGUCGUUAGAGGUGACUUUAACUACAAGAAAUACCUGCCCUCUGGGAUCUUUGUCGACGCCGCUGAUUUUUCUUCACCAGAAGAACUGGCCAGGUACUUGUUGGAGCUUGGGUCCGACAAGAAAAGAUACACAGAAAUGUUGCGGAGAAAGAAUAGGUGGCGCUAUGUUAUCCCCGGAAAAAUGCACUGUGAAUUGUGCAAGAAGCUGCACACAAACCAGACGAUUGGGCAUAUUGAGAGUAUAAAAGACAAGUUUAACGGAUCACCUUCGGAUUGUCACGAGCCUACAGAUUUGUAGCA